AUGAGUGACCAGUGCUCACCUUUCGAGCAAGGUCACUCGAUGAAGAGAACAACAUUAAUUAAUAAUGAGUCAGGAGCUCUUUUAACACAAAUAACAAACCUAAAUGCUGAGUUAUUAAAUAAUUCAACAAAUAUGACAACUUUGAGCAAGCAAAAUGUCUGUUCUGCUAAUGAAUUGAGAAACGAAAGUGAUAACACAAUGCAAUGGCAAACUGUGACUAAUAAAAGACCUCAAUCAGGCUCUCCCACUAUUGAUCAAAAACGAACAAAAACAAACAACAAUACAAACUUAGCAGAUAGCUAUAACUCUAUUCCAACAACUCAACUCAACAACAAUAACAUCAGCAGCAAUUCCAACAGCACGAACAUGUUUGCCGGGCUACAAGAUGAAUCGGAUAGCAAUAACAUAAUGGGUCAAAACAUAGAAGAAAAUACACCAAAACCACCACCAAUUAUUGUACCAAAUAUUAGAGAUAUUAGCGGUAUGAUUAAGUAUUUCGAAACUUUCGAAACUAUUAUUUAG